GCGGCGGCGGCGCUGAGGGCCCGCGGCCGAGGGAGGCGGUGCGCGGAACGGAACAUGGCUGAGAAGCAGAAGCACGAUGGGAGGGUGAAGAUCGGACAUUACGUGCUGGGGGACACACUGGGCGUCGGCACCUUCGGCAAAGUGAAGAUUGGAGAACACCAGUUGACAGGCCAUAAAGUGGCAGUUAAGAUCUUAAAUAGACAGAAGAUUCGCAGUUUAGAUGUUGUUGGAAAAAUAAAACGAGAAAUUCAAAAUCUUAAACUCUUUCGUCAUCCUCAUAUUAUCAAACUAUAUCAGGUGAUCAGCACCCCAACAGACUUUUUUAUGGUGAUGGAAUAUGUGUCCGGAGGUGAAUUAUUCGACUACAUCUGUAAACAUGGGCGGGUUGAAGAGGUGGAAGCCCGGCGGCUCUUUCAGCAGAUCCUUUCUGCUGUGGAUUACUGUCACAGGCAUAUGGUUGUCCAUCGGGACCUGAAACCAGAAAAUGUGCUUCUGGAUGCUCAGAUGAAUGCUAAGAUUGCUGACUUUGGACUAUCUAAUAUGAUGUCAGAUGGUGAGUUUCUGCGAACCAGCUGUGGAUCACCAAAUUAUGCAGCACCUGAGGUCAUCUCAGGAAGGCUGUAUGCGGGUCCUGAGGUUGAUAUCUGGAGCUGUGGCGUUAUCCUGUAUGCCCUUCUCUGUGGCACCCUCCCCUUCGACGAUGAGCACGUGCCUACACUCUUUAAGAAGAUCCGAGGGGGUGUGUUUUAUAUCCCGGAAUAUCUCAACCGCUCUGUUGCCACUCUGCUGAUGCACAUGCUCCAGGUGGACCCUUUGAAGCGAGCAACUAUCAAGGACAUCCGAGAACAUGAAUGGUUUAAACAGGAUUUGCCCAGUUAUCUAUUUCCUGAAGACCCCUCCUAUGAUGCUAACGUCAUUGAUGAUGAGGCUGUGAAAGAAGUAUGUGAAAAAUUUGAGUGUACAGAAUCAGAAGUAAUGAACAGUUUAUAUAGUGGUGACCCUCAAGACCAGCUUGCGGUGGCUUAUCAUCUUAUCAUUGACAAUCGGAGAAUAAUGAACCAAGCCAGUGAGUUCUACCUCGCCUCUAGUCCUCCAACUGGUUCUUUUAUGGAUGACAGUGCCAUGCAUAUUCCCCCAGGCCUGAAACCACAUCCUGAGAGGAUGCCACCUCUUAUAGCAGACAGCCCCAAAGCACGGUGUCCUUUGGAUGCACUGAACACAACUAAGCCCAAAUCCUUAGCUGUGAAAAAAGCCAAGUGGCAUCUUGGAAUCCGAAGCCAGAGCAAACCAUAUGAUAUUAUGGCUGAAGUGUACCGAGCUAUGAAGCAGCUGGAUUUUGAAUGGAAGGUAGUGAAUGCCUACCAUCUUCGAGUAAGAAGAAAAAAUCCAGUGACUGGCACUUAUGUGAAAAUGAGCUUGCAGCUUUACCUGGUUGACAAUCGGAGCUAUCUUUUAGACUUUAAAAGCAUUGAUGAUGAGGUGGUAGAGCAGAGGUCUGGUUCCUCAACACCUCAGCGGUCCUGUUCUGCUGCUGGCCUGCACAGACCACGGUCAAGCUUUGAUUCCACCACAGCUGAGAACCACUCACUCUCGGGUUCCCUCUCUGGCUCUUUGACUGGAAGCACUUUGUCUUCAGCUUCUCCCCGCCUGGGCAGUCACACCAUGGAUUUUUUUGAAAUGUGUGCCAGUCUGAUCACUACUUUAGCUCGUUGAUAAUCUACCACUGGUUUCUGUCUUUCUGUUACUGCACUGUGAAAAUCACAUAUACUCUUUAAAUUAGUAUCUCACUUUUGGGUAUUACAUACUCUGCAAUAUGAAUUGAUGUGAAUAUCCCCAGGUGACAUGCCAUGUAUUGAAAUUACCAGAAACACAGAAGUCUGGCACUUUGUUUACUUUUUAGAACUCUAUUAUUCUACUGUGCCUAUGAUAAAUUUGAAUAUAGGUAGUACCUUUAAUGGAUGAGUACUGAUGUUUGCUAAUUCAUACUUGUGAGUUCACUACACAUGAUGAGCACCCUUCACUGAUGAAUCAGCUAAUUUAGGAAUGGUGUGUGUGGUACCUUCUUCCCUCAUGUGUAGUGCACAAAAAUCCAGUUUGCUUUCUAAAUUUCAAAAGAUGUUAGACUAUCUAGGCACCCAGUUUUCUUGUACAAGAAGAUCAAGAAAUAGAAUGUGCUGAUCAAAUAUUUAAAUAUAGAAAUCUGAAAAGCCUGUCCCCCUAAAUAUUAGAAACCAAAUUCUUUUUAAUGGUUUCUGAAAAUACUGCCUAGUAUUAGCCAGAAAGACUGUGUUUCUGUGAACAGGUGCCCAGUAUCUAGACUUUUCAACAUUUGUACAAGGCCCUAGUUAAAUCCCACCACCACCAAGCAAGACAAAACCGUACAAAAAUAGUACACAGUUAAAUGAAACAAGGCAAAAUACCAACAACCCCUUAAAGGAAAUUCUAUUCUGAUCUUCUAUUUUGUGUUUAUGGGCCUGGGGUAGGGCUCACAUGGGGUGGGAGGGCCAGGAGGUUAUGACCUUCUGACGUCUUCACUAAUUCACUUGAGGUUUAAGUUGUUAUUGAUGCCACCUCCUUCCUCAGUAACCAUUGUCUUUGUUCAUUGGUUUUCAAUCUUUUGUUUCCUUUCUUUAGUCUUUAGUUCAAAACCCUGUUUUGUCCUUAGGACCUUAGUGUACUUCCAAAGCUUAUCUGCUGUGACCUUCACUGUUGAACCUGAUUGGACAGGGAAGCCUUAAACAUUUAAAGUAUUUUCUCCUGGAAUAAGUAUAUGUGUUGUUUACAUAUAUACAUGUAUGUAUUGACACAUCAGUGCUUUUAAUCAAAAAGAACCAAACUUUUUUGUGCAAGUUUUUUUAAUUUAAGAUAAAAAAUACUAUAAA